UUAACAAUCAACAAUCUUCUAAUUCAAUCAACUAUAUCCAACAAACACCCAAUCACCUUCAUAUACACUAUCAAAUCAAAAUGGAUCGUGCCAAGUCAGCUGUCAGUGAAUUCCUCUCCAAGGAUGGAAAGCAUGAUACCACUGUUCACGAGACUAUCAACCCAGCCGUUCAGAAUGAGCAUGUAACCAAGACCCGCCACGAAGAAGCAACGACUGCUAUUGACCGUGAGGUUCACCAAGAUCACCACCACACUUCAGUUCAGCCUAUCCAAGACCGUGAAGUCCUUCCAGAGCAACACUCCCAUCAACUCGGAGCUGUUGAGCACCGCAACAUCAAGCACGGAGAUGACAAUCAGAUUCAGGAACGUCUCGCUGCUGAACAAGCCCAAUUCAAGAACACCAGAACUGUCGGAGAGACUCAACACACCGCAGCCAAGGGCGCCACCGUUGCUGGUGAACAUGUCCAUCACCACGUCCACGAGACCAUUCAACCAGUCAUCGAAAAGGAGACUGUUCAACCAUCCGUUGUCCACACCACCAUCCCAGUCCACGAGGUUCAUCAAAACGAGGCUAAGCACCACACUGCCACCGCUCUCCCAGCUGUCAGCAUGAACGAGUUCAGAUCUCAAGGAGGUUCCUUAGGAGGACGCGAGGAGCGCACUGAUGCUUUCAAGGGUGAGCCAAAGUCUGUUGGUGGCACUCUUGGAGGCGAUGGUGCCAGAGGCACUACCUCUUUGACUGAGGGAGAAGGUAUCCACGGACAUCACACUGGCGCUCACACUGGUACACACAACGGUGCACUCAAUGGUUCUCACUCUCACACUGGUACUGGUAUCGCCUCUACUACUGCUGGCAAUGCUCACCACACUACUUCUCACUCUUCCACCGAGUCCCAUAAGAAGCCUAGCUUGAUGGACAAGCUCAACCCAAAGGUUGAUGCCGAUGGUGAUGGAAAGGCUGGUUUCAUGAAAUAGAUGCAUCCUGUACACUUCACUUAAUAUCCCCAACUGUAUUUCUUAGCUCCACACUGUACAUAGACACGAUAACUAUGAGAUAAUUAAUCAAAACGAAUCGAUGUUUCUUUGAAAAC